AGAUGAAAUCUCACCUAGAUGGCGCCAGCGUAACGGGGGACUGUCAGUGUUGACAUUUGUCAAGUAUGGGUGCUGUCAUCGCUGUCAUGCUGUGUUGGUCGUUAAAAAAUAACGUGUUGAUUAUGUUAUUUUUGUGAUUUUUUAAAGUUAUAUCUGGUUUCGUCGUGAUUGUUGCGUAAGAUUUUGAAUGAAAAUUACCCGAACAGUGAAUGUUUGACGAAGAAUAACGCAAAAGUUGUGCGAUUAGUGGGGUUGUUUUUAUCUUACGCCAGUCUGUUUCCAAGAAACGCUGAAAAUUGUUUACUUUGGUACUGAAGUUAUUUUUAAUCUAAGAAAUAAAACAACGGUGUUCUGGGAUAACUGAAAUCGUUCCUCAUGCAUAUUUUAACGUUAAAUUCAAUUUUAAAACAUGAAUUACCAAACAGAUAACUAAAUGUCGAAGAAAAUCAAAGAGAAAACAAGAAAUAAGAAAGUAAAACAAAACUAAAUUAAUAAAUCUGGUUGAAAAAAGAGUUCCGCCAAUCACAGCUUCUACUUGUUCUAGAAGUGUUAGCAGUUCUGAAGAUGGAAAUAUUAAAUGCCCUCUACUCUUUAAGGCGAUGAACGUAUUAAAAUUUUCCACGCCGUUUCCGAUGAUGGUGUUUUUGCAGUCUUGACAUGCUUCAGACUUAUAUUUUCGGGCAAGGAACCCACAGACGUAAGCGAACGCUUCUUCGUUGUCCUUGAAAUUGAUCUCUCUUCCAGCUGAGAUGUCUUCAUCUAGAAUUCGGUCCAACUGAAGGUCAAUUUCUUGCUUUGUAUUCGAUAAACUCUCUGAUGAAAUGCAGUUUAGGAUAUUUUGCUUAUCAUUUACAAGAACUUCAAGCAUAUUGCCACCAGUAACAUUACUACCUUUAGGUGGCUUUACCAAUGAAUAUAAAGACAUCAGUCUAAAGAUCUGGGCGAUUUGAACUGAUUCAGCACAGUUAUUUGAGCCACCACAAUCACGUAGAAGUCCAAAAAAAUGUUCUAAUGGAUCCUGGUUAAUUCGUGACGUCAUUAAAUAAGUGAAAUUUAAGGUUUCAGUGCAAUAUUUUAGUAAGUCGAGGGUUGUGUUUAUUGUGGCCCUCAAACCAUCUGCAGUAUUUUUAGUCAAAAAAUGUUCUUGGUCAGCACACGAUUCCCACAAAUCUAAGUAUAUUAAGAAGUCUUCUAACUCCUCAUACUGUGGUGACUGUAAUCGCAGCGCACUAAAACCAUUACUCGAAUUCAAGAUGUCAGACAGCUUGUUGAUGCGUCUACAAAACUCUAUUGUAGCUUGACAAUCAAGAAAUCCAGGUAUAUUUUUACUGUUUAACAUUGACAGAGCAUCAGCAACGGUACCACUGAAUAACUGAAAAGCAUAGCGCGUAGUCAUUUUUUCAUGGUUUUGUGGAUCAACAUGUUUUAGUGUUAAUUUGGGUGCCAAUUUAAAUUCAAAUUGAGCGUCAUAUUCAAUUAACCUUUGAAAAUGGACCAGCUGAACAUGACCUGUGGGCACGUGGAAUUCUUUUUUGGCAACAAGUCUAUUCCUUAAGCACUUUAGCAAAUGUGGAAAGUCUGAACACAUCCUCAAUUUUCUAACAUCAUUGCAGGGAUGGAUAACCCAUGGAGCCUGUGGAUUACCUGCACCCAAAUGCUUCCACAUUGAUCUAUUCCAUGUCGCUCCAUCAGAUGUCACCACAUCAAUAAAGAGUCCAGCUGCUUCACAAAGAACUAUUGCUUCCAAAAUUAGUUUUGCCUGAGUACUUCCACAUACAUUUCCUUUUGACAGGAAGCAACCGACUGCCUGCAUAUUUUUUCCGGCAAAGGAUUGAAACAUUAUGACUAGAACAUGGUCACCUAAUUGGUCUCUUUGAGAUAUUGGAGUGUAAUCACCCAAAUCAACAAAACCUAAUACUUCCAAGCGAUUUUUGUCAAAAUGUUUGCUGGGUGUUAUCUUACAUUCAUCUACCAUUAAAGUACCAUGACGUUCAUAUUCAGGCAUAGAGUGACACUUUACUUUUAAUAAUUCAAAUAACUUUGUUUGAAAUCCGUAGCUGCUGUCGAUGUUUUUUAUAUAUCUAGAUAUUGUGCUUGGUGCAGGUAGUGGAAGUAACUCUCUGUUCCGUAAAUGGCGAUAUAGCUUUGGACUUUUUAUUCUUAUCAGAAUACAAGAAUAUAUCCAGUCUUUGGUGUAUCUUUUCCCAUUAGUUUUUUGUGUUGCUGUAUUCAAACAUGUUUGUACUACCAAUCUUUGAUUUUCAGGUAGUUUAGAUAAUACCGCGCCCAUGUUGUUUAUUUUUGCCAUCCUUUUGUGCAAACUUUCUAUUACAUUUGUUUUAUCAUGUAGUUCUCUUUUCAAAUGUACGUAGUUCUUUUUCAUUUUUCUUUGCUUGUUCGCAAACUUUUGGCUAUGGCCACUGAACGAAAAAUUUUUUUUUAACAAAUUUUUGCGAAACAGUGCGCAAGAUAAACAGCGUCUGGUGUUGUUCCUUGUAUUCUCCCCAUUACAGUUUUGGCUAGUUUUGUUUCCUAUUCCAGUACCGUGACACAAAGUUACUGCAUCCACUUUUUUGACCAGAUCAAGAACAUCUUGAAAGUUCGUGAAUGUGGUAUCGAUCAUGCGGCAAAUAUUAUUCAAAUAUAUUUUUGAAAUUUCUCCUUCAAUAACGAUGGCUUUGUCUAUUCUUGGGACGUCAGUUGUUACGUGGCUUAUAAUAAUUUUAUCUGGCAGUUGAUGAAUACCCCAUGUGAGAGGCAACAAUUCACAAAUUUCUGAAUAAUUGUUUCUCAACAUACUGAGAGUAUCCGAGGAUAAAGUUUUGAUUGGGGAGGAACGUGAUAUAGGGUUUCUCUGUGUGGAUGUAUCGUUUUCAGGAUCUGCAUUACUGAAAAAAAGAUGCGCGUUUUUAUUUAUUCACAUACGUAUAUGUAUUUCAACGAACUCAUUGUAAAUUUUAAAUAUUGACGAAUAUUAUAUAAAAAUCAUCAAGAAUAGCAAAGAUGUCUCCUUUAGUGUAGCGUAACUAAAGUAAUUUUCCACUUUUUGGACAUGACUCAACCAAAUGCAUUUCAACUGGAUGGGUUUUAUUGCUCCUAGGAUAUUGUUUAAUAGGAUGGGUACUCUGGUAGGAAAUGUCAUUUUUGGUAUUGGUAUAACCGAAGUUUACAACUGGAUCAUCUGGUGUGGAAUUUCUUCAAAUAAUAUGAACGGCAGGCUAUUAGGAUAAAUCAGGAUAUUUUAUACAUACAUAUUUCCUUGUAGUGGUGGAAAUGGAUAGGUUUGUUCCUUUUUGGGGCAUGUAGGAAAAGGAUGUGUGGAAACACAGGAAUUUCCAAUGCUUGCACAACCUAAAUUUAUAGUCGGUAUAGCAUCAGGAGUUAAUGUUCUUCGAACAACAUGUUCAUGAUCAUAGUGUAUUCUUAUAUAUUUGUUUUCAAAAUGCUGCAUACAAAUAUAUGUCUUGGGAAUAAAUAAAAACCCGGCAGCUUCAGUCCAGACUUUUAUUCUUUUUCCAUCCUAUAAAUAAUCAUAUUUUUGAAAAAAAAUGGUCUAAAUAGUGUUAGCUGUUAUUGAAUUGUUAUUUACCGCAGGAACCCGAAAUAACGAAAUAUCGCGACUGAGAAGUUUAAUAUGCCCACAAAGAACACACUUUUUCAUUUUGAACGGCUAGAGAACGGCUCCCUUUUACAAUUUGUGGUGUUUCUGCUGCAAACACGCUGUAAAUUUCAAAAGCGUCUAUUAAUGUCAACUUUGACAGCGCAUUUGACGGUCCCUCGUGUACUACUGCGCCAUCUAGUGGAAAAAUUUUAAACUAACAUCUGGUUCCUACAUUUGGGUAUCAAUUAAUGGCGGAGUCGGUAUACCAUUCUUUCUAUGUAUCUUGAUCUUACAAGUGUGGCAAGUGGCGUCUUUGGUGUGUGAGCCAUAUCGUUGUGUAGAAAAAAAGAAAAAUGAUGGAAAUUGAAAUAAGAAUUAAUGAGGAUGAGGAGGAUGUGGAGGAUGUUGAAGUACUCGACUUCAUCUUCAAUGGUUUGCCUCGACAACUUUAUACGCGUCAUAACCACUUUGAUACUCUGGACGAUGCAGCUUUUCGUCGUCGAUUUCGACUGUCCAGAGCGUGUGUUCUCGAUCUAUUAAUAUCGAUUGAACGUGAAUUGGAAUUCCCAUCUGAUAUGAAUAAUGCUGUUUCGCCCAUGAAUCAGAUUUUGACGUGUUUGCGAGUGUUUUCGACAGGAGGACACCUUCAGAACAUAGCUGAUUUUAUGGGGAUGCAUUUGUCGACAGUGUCACGAAUUGUGAAAAGAGUUUCCGAAGCAAUUGCAAGAUUGUAUCGACAACAUAUAAAAUUUCCUAGUACAAAUGACGAAAUGAGUGAAAAUCAACGGAACUUUUUUUCUAUUAGCGGAUUUCCAAAAGUUGUAGGGGCCAUUGAUUGUACCCACGUAAAAAUUCAAUCUCCCGGUGGAGUUGAUGGAGAAAUAUAUCGCAAUAGAAAACAGUACUUUUCUAUCAACACUCAAGUGAUUUGUGAUGCCAAUUUGAAAAUAAUGAAUGUUGUUGCUCGAUGGCCAGGGUCUGCCCAUGAUUCUAAUAUUUUUAACCAUAGCCGUAUUAAAGAUGAUUUUGAGGACAAUGUAUAUCCUAAUUGUCUACUUCUUGGUGACAGUGGCUAUGCAAAUGGGAAGUAUUUAGUGACACCCCUAUUAAAUCCGAGAACACCUCCAGAGCAGUUAUAUAAUGAAAGCCACAUUAGGACUAGGAAUGUUAUCGAAAGAUGUUUUGGCGUUUUAAAGAGAAGAUUCCCUAUACUAGCUUAUGGGUGUAGGCUAAAAGUUGACACAUGUUUAAUUAUCAUUGUAGCUGCAAGUGUCUUACAUAAUUUGGCACUCCGCCACAAUGAUAAUGUGCUUCCACCUCUUCCUGAAUUGGUUAAUGAAGAGCAGCUAGAAAGGCUAAUCCAGGAUGGGCAAAUAGUUGCACCUGGGGAUAUUAGGAACCGAAGGCAUGUGGAUGGAACGAGGGAUUUUCUGAUUCAAAAUUAUUUUGGAAAUUUAUGAAUUAAUUUAUACGCGAUCUAAAUGAUCUGAUACGACACCUGGUGUCAAAAAUGUGCACUACUCAGGAGCAUAGUGAAAGAUGUAAAUACUGUUGGUUGUACAGUGAAAUUUCGUUGUUUUAUGUUAAACCAACAAAAUUAAAUAAGUUGGUCCCAGUAUUCCUGAAAAAAUGACUGUUAACAAUACAAAUUGUUGUGUUUUUCGCUGCCAUAGCAAAAACAAUAGUAACAGUGGGCUCUCUUUUCAUAAAUUCCCCAUAAAAAACAAGUCAUUUGUUUAAAUGUUAUGAACAGGUUAGGAAUCAGGGAAAAAAAUGGACAGAUAUAAGACUUGGAUGGUAAAGCUAAAUAUGGGAAAACCAGCAACAAAGCACAUGAAAGUGUGUUCACUACAUUGUAAUCAGGAUGAUUUCAUAUUGAGGAUUUGAUUUGAGGACCCAGGUGGGUUAGUUAGCUUCGUGCUUGCCCACUACACCUUGGGUCGUGGGUUCGAUUCCCGCCUUGCCUUUUGGGUGUUGUGUAUGUCAUGUUUCCUGUAAUUGGGCCUCCAGCUUGUUA